AUGCCCGAUAACGAAACAGCCCGCCGUGUGAGCGUAGAUUAUACUCUCGCCGCCGCGCGGGUGUUGCAAGAGACGGCGGAGAACAAGAUCCGCUUUGUGUAUUGCAGCGGAGCCGGGGCGGAGCGAGAUCAUAAUAAGCCGUUGUGGUUUCUGCAGGAGUAUCGACGGAUUCGAGGCCAAGUGGAGAAUGAGCUGAUUUCCUUCGCCGAGGCACACCCAGAUCACUUCGAUGCGUACAUCAUGCGCCCCGGCAUGGUAAUGUCGUCCGACUUGACCCUACGCAGCAUGAUGUUGUGCCUAACGACCUCCGUGCGGGUGGAUGUGUUGGCGGGCGCCAUGCUGGAUCUGGCGCUGGAUGGCGGCGAGAAGAAGAUAUGGGAGAACGCGGAGAUCAUCCAGGCGAGUAAGGAUAAAUGA